UGGGUUUUUCUCUGUAUUUAUUAUUGUGCUAUCUACUGUACAAUAUAAAGUGCCUUGAGGCAACUUUUGUUGUGAUUUGGCGCUAUAUAAAUAAAAUUGAAUUGAAUUGAAAAAACAACACAAUUGAAGUUAUCCUUGACAUAGCAGAGAAAACUGGAGAUGUAGAAAAUUUGAUCAACGCAUCGUAUACAGAUCCUUACUACAAAGGUGUAACAGGUCAGACAGCUUUGCAUGUUGCCAUUGAGAGACGGAGCUUUGAGCAUGUGAAGCUGCUAGUCCAGAAAGGACCAGAUGUGCAAGCCAAUGGAAAGUUUUUCCAGCGUCAUGCUGAAAUGGGCUUUUAUUUUGAAGAGCUGACGUGACUGACAGAGACUCACGAGGAAACACUGUUUUGCACACCUUGGUGGUCAUAGCAGACAACACGAAAGAAAACAGAUAUGAUUGCAAAGGUGUAUGAUGAAAUACUUGUUCAACACAACAAGCUUGACAAAAAAGUCCAGUUGGAAGAGAUUGAAAAUAAUGAUGGUAUGACUCCUCUAAAACUGGCAGCCAAGCUCGGCAAGAUAGAGCUGAUUAGACACAUGCUACACCGGGAAUUCAUGGAUGAGGAAACAAAGCCACUGUCCAGGAAGUUUACAGAAUGGAUCUAUGGACCUGUUCACUCCUCGCUUUAUGACAUGAUCUCCAUUGACACAGAUGAAAAAGAUUCUGUGUUGGAGAUAAUAGUCUUUGGAAGUGAAAUUCCGAAUCGCCCUGAGAUGCUCCAGAUCGAACCUCUUCGCAGUUUGCUUCAGACUAAGUGGGAAAGGUUCGCUUCCAAAUUAUUCCUGAUGAAUUUCUUGCUUUAUGUGAUGUACCUGACCAUUUUCACUACUGUGACAUUCUACAGGAAGGAGGGACAGCCACCGUUUCCCAUUGAAAAUAUUCCACUCGACCACCUCCGAUGUGUUGGUGAGCUCAUCAGCAUCUUUGGAGCACUGAGGUUUCUCUAUAAGACGAUAACUCCUUUCUGGAGGAAUCCCCCUACCUUCAAUGCUUUAUUUGUUGAUGGAUUCACUGAUAUUCUGUUUUUCCUGCAGGCAGCACUUCUUCUAAUCUGUGUGGUUGUAUGGGUGUGGGCUGAAGGAAUAUGUUGGCCUCCUUGUGCUCUCAUUGGCUUUCGCCUGGGUGAACCUUCUUUACUACCUAAGAGAUUCCAAGCAAUUGGGGAUGUACAGUGUGAUGAUGCAAAGACCAUUGUUGCUCUCAUACACAACUCCCCUCCGGCUCAAACAAAAAUUACAAAUGACACGGCAGCACAAAUGAGAAGCUUUUUUGAACCAUAUAAAUGCGUGAAGCUGAGUUACAAUGACAUUCGUUUUGCAGCACUGGAACUGUUCAAGUUCACUAUUGGAAUGGGAGAUCUGCAGUUCACAGACCAAGUUCAAUACAAAGAAGUUUUCUACAUCCUGCUCAACUGUUACAUAAUUCUUACAUACAUCCUGCUCCUGAACAUGCUGAUAGCCCUGAUGGGCAACACUGUCGAAAGAAUCUCCACACAAAGUGAAAACAUCUGGAACUUGCAGAGGGCCUUCACAAUUUUGGAUAUGGAGAGGACUCUACCAAGGUGGCUGAGGAGCAAGCUGCAAUGCAGAAUGUCUAGGAUGGUGUGUUCCAGAAACCCCAUGGACAAACAUAGAAGAUUUUUCAGGGUGGAAGAAAUGAACUGGAAACAAUGGAAGUCAGAUCUUGGUGUACACUGGGAAGAGGAGCCUGCUAAUGACAUGAUGGUACCACAGCCUCGUGGUAAGAUACCUGGGAAUCCAUGGAACCUAAAUAUGCUCUUGGAGAGGAUUCGUUCCAGACGUCAACAACGACAACAAUCCAAUAUUUCCUAGAUUAAUCAGGAAGAUCAAAAUCCGUGUGUGAGUGUGUGUGAUGGAAUUUUUUUUUUCCUAAAAAGAACUACAAUAUGUGUCUGUCAUUAAAGUGAACCUGUUUUGCUGUAUUCCAGUGCAUGUUUUCCUUUUAAAGUAAAUUUUCACUCACAAACUGAAAAAUGUCAUAUGUUAAGCCUUUUUCUGUUUGAAAUUCAAUGUGUCUUAUAGAUUA